AGUCUCGCGAGAUUUCAGCGUGAGUAUAUAAGCGCGAGCGACGGUGGAUCAAUGGGUUUUCCGAACUUCCCACAGAGAAACUGAACCGGAGUCCAACAGAAGAUGUCAGCUGGCAAAGCACAAAUCGGCAAACCUGCCCCCGACUUCACAGCCAAGGCAGUGAUGCCUGAUGGCCAGUUUAAGGAUCUGAAGCUGUCAGAUUAUCGAGGGAAGUACGUAGUUUUCUUCUUCUACCCUCUGGACUUCACCUUCGUGUGUCCCACCGAGAUAAUCGCCUUCAGUGAUGCGGCAGAGGAAUUCAAAAAGAUCAACUGCGAGGUCAUCGGUGCGUCUGUGGACUCUCACUUCUGCCAUCUGGCCUGGAUAAAUACCCCCAGGAAGCAAGGUGGCCUGGGACACAUGAAGGUCCCUCUGGUGGCUGACACCAAACGAUCCAUCUCUCAAGACUAUGGUGUACUGAAGGAGGACGAAGGCAUUGCUUAUAGAGGCCUCUUCAUCAUUGAUGAUAAAGGUAUCCUGAGGCAGAUAACCAUUAACGACCUUCCAGUUGGUCGCUCGAUCGAUGAAACUCUGCGUCUGGUGCAGGCUUUUCAGUUCACCGACAAACACGGAGAAGUUUGCCCGGCUGGAUGGAAGCCUGGAAAGGACACGAUCAAGCCCGAUGUCCAGAAGAGCAAAGAUUUCUUCUCCAAGCAAAACUAAACACGCAAGACUCUACACAGUAGUCUAACAAGCCCCACACUGGCACUUGUAUCAAACCUCAGUAACAAUUAUGACUCUGUUAAGCUUAAAAUUAGUGUGUAGGAUUGUAAUUGAUGUUUGUUGUGUGACUUUGUGAGAAAUGAUACUCAUGUAGAAGACUACUAUUUUGUAUGUUUGCACCGUCUCAUGUUUCCUUUGUGUGAGAGAUAAAAAAAGAAGAAAAUGA